GAUCAUAGGUGGGUGAUUUUUUCUCUCUUUCAAAACUCUCCACACCUUUUUCUCUUCCUUUUUUUCUGCUAUGGAUACUGCUAAGUGGCCACAGGGUAUUGAAAGAAAGCCAAUUAGGCCACAGAAAGACUGUCCAAGAUGCAACUCUUCUAACACAAAAUUCUGUUAUUAUAACAAUUAUAGUCUGUCUCAGCCAAGACACUUUUGUAAGACUUGUAGAAGGUACUGGACUGAAGGGGGUACUUUAAGGAAUGUUCCGGUGGGUGGCAGUUCACGAAAGACCAAGAAAUCAUCUUCGUCGUCGUCGUCAUCAAAGAAGCUUCCUGCAGAUCUAAGCUUUUCUCAGUCUUCUGAUCAAAACCCUAAGAUUUAUGAGGGUCAGAAUUUGAAUUUACCUUAUCCAUCCAAAAAUAUGGUUCCUGGAUUUGUUGCUGUACCCUAUAGUAAUGACAGCACAACCCUAAAUUAUCCAAACCCUAGUUUUUCUUCCUUUCAAUCUCAUAAUCAAGUAAUGGAAUUUCUCACUUCAAGGGAAUUGAUCAGUUCUAAUCUGAACUCCAUGCCAGUUUCGGGUUCAGGUUUGGGUUCUAACACUAUGGAUCCGCCAUCUGGAUUUCCUUUGCAUGGAUUCAAAUUGCCAAGCGUUAAUUUUUCCUCAGAUGGGCUUGAAGAUGGUUAUGGAAACAGGGAAGGUGGUUUUCAAAAUAAAUACCCUAGAUUCCCUUUCUCCAUUGAGGAUUCAAAACCAGUUCUGAAGUCCGAGUUCGAGCAGGAUAGAGACAGAGAAUCCAUCGAUGGAUACUGGAACAAAAUGCUGGAUGGAGGAUCAUGGUGAAUAAUAUCUGCAGAUUUUAGCCUAUUUCCUGUUUCUUGUUAGUGUUGAUUUCUUUGUUUUGCCUGAUUUGUCUAACCAUAUCAGAGUAUGUUUGGUAAGUUGAAUUGGACUACACUUAACAGCGUUAAGAAUAAGAUUUUAACAAUUCUCGAGCUCAGUCGAGUCUUGUCCAAUCCAUGGUACGAAACAUACUAUUGAUGUAUAGAAGCUUUCUUUUUGGUGGAUUGGUUAUAAAACUUAUCAUAAAGUGUUGUCUGAACCUAGUCGAUGAUGCAUGCUGAACUGUUGCUAUAGUUAAGUUUGAUUUAUAUAUGGUAAAAUUUGAUCUUACUUUGA